GGCGUGCGAUCAGGAAACGUCCCUUUCACAACCGUAACUAAGGAGGCCAAAACGUCCAAGCGCGCUGGUGCGCGGGCGCCGCGCCGACCGCGUCCCUGUGCGGAACGGGACGCCUUUACCAUGCCGAGAAGCGGGAGCCUUGGGGCGGGGGAUUAAGCAACAAUGGCAUUUGUGAAGAGUGGAUGGCUGCUCCGGCAAAGUACUAUUUUACGGCGUUGGAAGAAGAACUGGUUUGACCUGUGGUCUGAUGGCUGCUUAAUAUUCUAUGAUAAUCAAAAUCGCCAUGAUGUAGAAGAUAAAAUCCACAUGCGAAUCCACUGCAUCAACCUCAGAGUGGGGAAUGAAUGUCGAGAUUUCCAGCCUCCAGAGGGGAAGCAGAGAGACUGUUUACUGCAGAUUGUCUGCCGUGAUGGGAAGACAGUCAACCUCUGUGCAGAGAGUGCAGAUGACUGCCUGGCAUGGAAGAUUGCUCUCCAAGAUGCCAGAACAAACACAGGCUACGUGGGAUCUGAUGUGAUGUACGAUGAGACAGCCAUUUCCUCAGCCCCUCCUCCCUAUGCAGCUUAUGCCACACCAUCACCUGAGGUUUAUGGCUAUGGCUACGAUCAGUACAAUGGGGCAUAUCCUCCUGCUGGUCCUCAAGUCUUCUAUGACUCCAGUGGACAAGCUUAUGCUGUUCCCUAUCAGUAUCCAUACCAAGGACCUUAUGGCCAGCCCCCUGCAAACCAUGUCGUCAUUCGAGAGCGUUACCGUGACAGUGAUGGAGAUCUUGCACUGGGCAUACUUGCUGGAGCAGCGACUGGAAUGGCUCUCGGAUCAUUAUUCUGGGUCUUCUAGAUUACCCGUUCCUUAUCUUUGUAGUUCCAAAACCCUUUACUGUGUGCAAUAAUAUACUGGCAACGUUGUUUACUGUUAAACUUUAAGAAAUACAAUAGUUAUUUUUCAGUAGUGACAUCUAAAUAACUGAUUCUUCACAGUCUUAAGGAGAGUUUAAAGGCACCAUUCAGUUAAGUGGUUGGAGAUGGCAUGUGCUGCUCUCAAAUGCUGUUCUGAUGUUCGGAGUUACAAGGAUUUGUACUGAUAAGGAUCAAUAUGAGCACCAAUAUAACAUGGUAGCAGUCACUAGCUUUAUGAACAGACUGUUAUUGUAAACACCACAGAAAAAAUGGAUUUUUGGAGGGUCUAAAAUCUGGUCCAAAUAGGAGGUUUACGGGAGCCCUGCAUUAGUGCAUAUGUACUACUGGCUUCUAAACGUUCCCUGGACAAAUAUACAGCUCAGCAAAAACUCUUUGGCAUUAGGUAGUCUGCCAUGCUUGAGGAUUUUUUUGUUCUCAAACUUGCCUGCAGAUGGUAGCAUAUUUUCUUAUAUGGAGUCCUAUACCUGUCUCUCACACCAUCCAGGUGAAGCUGUCUUUGAGAAACAUAUAAGCAAACUACUAAGAAGUGGCAGCAUUCCUCAGUUCUUUUAUUCUCCCAGAAACGUGAAUGACCAGUGGCAAGGAAGACCAGUGCUUGUUGUUCCAUCUCCCUCCUCAUCCUGAAUUUCUUUUCUCUGCUUAGAAGGAAGUAACGGAUCUUUCAUAUUGCAAGGUGCCUGUAGAACAGGCACCUCAGACACUGUACCAACUGCAUUGCUGAGGAAGAAGCCAUUGUUUAGUGCCUCUGCUCAGUACUGCUAUCUCUGUGCAGAGUCUGCAGGAGGAAAACUUGAACAAUCCUCUGCUGUGCUGGGCUUGCCAGCACUCCUCUGCAGGCAGUAAUAGUCAAGAGGGGAAAGACAAACAGCACAAGUAGACCUGGCACACAGGCACUUUGGUAGCAGCUAGCUGCCUUGCCCUGGCUAGGACAGAAUGUCUGCCUCCUGGCCUCCAAGGUCUCCUGAACCAGGUUCAUUAUUUGCAACUAAGUUUUGAGCAGAGCUGAGCUUCAGUUUGUCCUGUGCACUCUUCCCCCUUCACAUUCAGCAGGUGUCUUGCCUCCAUGACUUGUUAAGGAAAACACACCAAGGAACCUGGCUGGCUUUGCUUGUAUGUCUGGUUCCUUACACAGUGUGCUCCUGCAGACUGCUGUGCUACGGGCUAUAACCUGGACUGCAGCUGUUACAUGUGUUAUGUAUGUGGCCUGUUACCUGAUCCUGUGUUAAUCCAUGCUGAGCUGUGCUUGGCGGGGGAAAGAAGAAAUGCAUAUGCUUUCUUGUUCAGGUGAAACAGGCAGGGUGCCUAAGUUGAGUUCUUUAUAGUAAGAGGACUUAUUUUUAUACUUCCACUUUCAGCUUUCUGUAUUGAUGUUGCUUUAAUAUGUUAAGACUUUUCUUAUGCUUUCAUUCAGAAGUAGGUUGAUUUCCUUAAGGUUCAUCGGGGUUCAGGGUAUCUCAGGAAAGAUGAAAAGAGAUGAGAACUUGCACCUCUAUCAAUUUAGAUCAAGCCCUAACCUUUUUCAUUUCAUCCUAAAGCUGUCUUGGCUUUAUCCUACAUAUUUAAGCAAUAGAGGUCUCAGACAAGAGUUUGGGUAGCAGCCAGGGGGAGCACUAAGCUUUCAUGACUCUUAGAAUCAACCCAAUAAACUGAAAUCAUCAGAAGUAAACAGACAGAUGUAACGUUGGCUGCAUUACAAAGAGUGGGACUAAUCCAGGGAAUGUAAAGUUGUUUGAAGAAACUUUGGUUUGGAGUCAUAUACAAAUGUGCAUGCAUGUCCUUUCACAGAUUAAUACAAGCUGCACAUGUUCUGCCAGUGGUAUGUACUGAAAGGACUUGCUGGAGGAUCAAAAGAGAACUAAAGAAAAAGUUUCCUAUUGCUAGUCCAAACCAAGAGAAAUUAAACUACUGAAGUUCUCUUAGAAGCCUGGUACCCUUGAGGUCAGAAGGAGAUGGUGACUGUCUGGAACUUAAGUGAACAAACAUUUCUACUCUUUUUAAGCCUUGAGAUAACCUUGAAGCUGAUUACAGGUCUACACUGCUAUUUAGUUUGUGCAUUACAAUAUAACUAGUUCUGCAGAAUGCCUCCAUCUCUUCUCCCUGUGUGAUAUUUAGCUUGUAAGGGAUGGGGGAGAAUAAAACAACUGAACAUCAUUGCAAUUUCUUUUGAAUUUCAUAAUGAUUGUGAAAAAAUAGCACAAAGUGAAUCAGCUAGUAAUUUAUUUUAAGUUCAGAGUUUUAGUGUGUGGGGUUUUUUUUUGUUUUGUUUUUUUGGGGGGUUUUUUUUGUUUGUUUUUGUAAGAGCUUUUGAUCACAUGAUCACAGCAGGGAACAUGUCUCUUGCAUGUUCAGGAGAUAACACUAUCUACGUCCCCACUUUCUUCAAGUGAAGUAUUUAAGAUAAAGACUGUUGAUUGCAAAACAUUCCCAAUGUUGAAUUCAAAGCAAGAAAUUAUCUUUUUAGAAGUUCAAUUUGAAGUAAGUCUCCAUUAAAAAGAUAACCCUACCCCUUCUCAAGGGAAAAAUAAAUUAUGAAGCUGAAGAUUCUAGUUCCAUUAAGAUGGGGAUAAGGAGCCAGCCUCUUCCAGUGAGUGGGGUAAAGGUUUGUGAAGUAGGGAGGAGGGGGUGGGAAGUGUUUACAGAUGGAGUAAGCACACUGACUUGGCAAAAACGCAUCUUUUCUAGUGCUGAAGCACAUUCUGAGCUGUGUCUAGAUGCAGCUACCCCAAACGUGACACAGCACUGGCUUCAUUUUGUUUGUUCUUCAGUGGAGAUUCAAUAGGUGAUGGAACCAGCUAAGCAAGUUGAGUAAAGGAGAAAAUUCACAUCCACGUUCCUCAGAUGUGUUUGUGGUUUUUCCUCUUUGUGAUAGGACUGAGAUAAAUAUGUAUAAGUCAUGGAGGGUAGCAUGCAGCAAAUAUGUGUGUGUUUGUCCCUGGAUCCUUCAUGUUGUUCUGCACUCCCUACAUAAUGUACUCAUUCUCAUUAAUAAUUUGUAGAGAAAUGCCCUUAGCAAUAAAAUUAAUAUUUAGGUGUAA